AUGAUGCUCCCUUUUGUUCGUCGGCUUCCUGGACAUCGGCGACGACCAAACCCGCCCAACGAGUCAAACAACUCACCAGACGAGGAUGUGCAGGGGUUCCCCGCGGAAUAUGAGACAUAUUAUCCCAGCAGUUUUGAUGUAUUGAAGGUCCGGUAUCUGUUGCAACAUAUCUGGCAGUGGACGAGGGGCUCGCAAGAACUGCUGCCGGUUGAACUGGUGGAUAUGAUUGUGGAUGCAGCCGAGUAUUGGGCCUCCUCUGAGUCCGUCUUGGAAGGAGAGACUCUGAUCCGGAGAGACCAGGAUCAGGUGCUUCUGACGACGGUGCCUUUAUGCUAUGAUGCUCAGACAUUGGAUACGCCCUCUCCCAAAAUGCUUCCAUAUCGGUCUACUCACCCAUGCCGCAAGGUUAUCUUCACUAUUUCAUCCCACGACCAGGGCUGGGGUGGAGGGACAGGCGACAGAGGUCGAUACGGGGGUUCUUAUUCGUGGUUUGAUACCGAAAUCAUCCACUCGGCACAUCAGUCAUCACUGAACAGAGCUCCCAGUAAUCAGCCUCUUCAGCCAGAGGGUCCAUUCCAUUUCGGACCGGACCAUCCCAACUUGCUUCCAACUGCUCGGAAGCUACAGUCGAAUCAAACAGCCGUGUCAAGCUCGCAAGUGCACACCAUUGUCUGGCAUCAUCUGGACGACAUUGCGGCGGACUCAAGUGAGGCGGUGGAGAUAGAACGUGAUCAAGGACGAGGGCGGGCGACGCUGGAUGGGAGCCAAGUCCGUGCUUUGGGGGUUGGAGAUGCGAUUGCUGUCUGGGGGCGAGCACGGUUUGGGGGGUGGGCGAACCAUGUGCAGCGCGUGUCGGUGCGGGUGUUUUGGGCGGUCUGA